AGCACCUGGGAACAUGGCCCUGCGAGAGAGACAAACUAGCAGAAGCUCUAUCAAUGACAAGCAAGAACAGAACUGCAGCCGUGUUAUUACAAUUGUCUUCUUGGCACUCUUCAUUGACUUGUUGGGAUUUGCUCUCAUCUUGCCACUGUUUCCUUCCAUCCUUGAUUAUUACAGCCAGACUGAGGAUGGAUUCUAUUUGUCAUUGCAACGUGGUGUGGACUGGUUUGCAGUGAAGGUUGGGAUGCCUCCAGAGCGGAAAUACAACAGUGUCUUGUUUGGAGGUCUGAUUGGCUCAAUCUUUUCCAUCCUGCAGUUUUUCUCCUCUCCUCUCACUGGUGCUGUGUCGGACCGCUUGGGCAGAAGACCUGUCAUCUUGAUGACAGUGAUGGGUUUGAUAACAUCAUACGCACUAUGGGCUGCCUCUAGGACUUUCGGCAUUUUUCUUCUCUUCAGGAUCGUAGGUGGAAUAAGCAAAGGGAAUGUCAGCCUCUCCACAGCUAUAAUUGCUGACUUGCACUCUCCAAAAGCACGGAGCAAGGGCAUGGCAAUGAUCGGCGUUGCUUUCUCCCUUGGUUUUACCCUGGGUCCCAUGAUCGGAGCCUACCUAGCCAUGGAGACAGAGAAAGGAGAAGUCUUCUAUCUUCGUUCGGCAUUGUUAGCACUCACGUUUGCUGUGGCUGAUUUAAUUUUCAUCUUCUUCCUACUUCCGGAGACACUUCCCAAAGAAAAACGGGUCUCUUCUGUGACAUCUGGAUUUCAGGCAGCAGUUGACUUGCUCAGUCCUUUGGCUUUAUUUCAGUUCUCUGCAGUCAGCCGAGGAAAGGAAUCCCCUUCGAAGGAGAAUCUUCAGAAUCUCAAAAUCUUGGGCCUGGUUUAUUUCCUGUACCUCUUCCUGUUUUCCGGCUUGGAGUAUACACUGAGCUUUCUCACUCACCAGCGAUUCCACUUCAGCAGCAUGCAGCAGGGCAAGAUGUUUUUCUUUAUUGGAAUAACAAUGGCUGUGAUCCAGGGAGGCUACGCUCGCCGAAUCAAGCCGGGAAAUGAAAUCAGAGCUGUAAAAAGGGCUAUUAUGUUGCUGAUUCCAGCUUUCUUGUUAAUUGGAUGGGCUGCAAAUGUCACCAUGCUGAGUGUUGGACUGUUGCUGUACUCCUUCGCUGCGGCCAUCGUUAUCCCGUGUCUGUCAGCAGUGGUGUCAGGCUAUGGCUCUGCCAGCCAGAAGGGGCGAGUCAUGGGGAUCCUGCGGAGCCUGGGCGCCCUCGCCAGAGCCCUGGGACCGAUCCUGUCAGCUACAGUUUACUGGCUGGCAGGAGCCGAGGUUUGCUUCACUGUCUGCGGAGCUUUCUUCCUCCUCCCCCUCCUUUUGCUUGGCUCUGUGAACCAGCGGACAAAGGAGGAGUAG